AUGGGAUGCACAAUAACAUCUGAAAAAGUAAGCCAAUAGAAAACUAUGAUGAUGGAAUCCACAUUUAAUAAAGAAUAGAGAGAGAAGGAAUAACGAAUUAAAGCCCAUCUAAUUCUAGAUGAAUAUAGAUAAACAAAAACUGUCAGAAAGUAAGUUAAACUACAGUCUGAUGUUAAAGAUGCCUUACAAGAAUAACUAUGUCGUAAUAAAACUGCCACACCUUAAAAAUCCUCCAUUGCAAAUUGA